AUGCUCGUUGUGUUCCUCCUCUCUCUUGCUCAGGUCAUACUCCCGGCGCUCGCGCUCAGUACCCCGCGCCGGGGCUCUACCUCUACAAGAGACGACGGCAACAACGGCAUCCAUCUCGCAGUGUCUCCCAUCUGCGGGCCGUUCUCCGGGAACACGUCAGACGCUAGCGCAGGUAUCAACUACCAAGGGUUCAAGACUAUCGUCGCGUUUGGGGAUUCGUACACCGAUGGUGGGCGGGAGGACGGCGGCCCGCUUCCGCCACCUGUGAUCACGCCGCCCAAUCCCGAAGCGGGAGGUAGGGCGACAGAUGGGCGGGUGUGGGUCGAGCACCUCGCGAUCGACAUCAACGCAACGCUCAUGGACUACGCUCAAUCCGGCGCGGUGACAGAUCUCAGCCUGUGGCCAAGCAACCCGACUCCCGCGGACUUCCUCGAUCAAAUGACAACGUUCUUGGGCCAGUCGAAUGAUCUCGACCCGGACACGACGUUGUACACUAUUUUCUUCGGGAUAAACGACUACGAGGCUUCCAAGUCGGACGGCACCGCGAACCUCCAGACUGCCGCCGAGGUCAUCCUCGAACAGAUCCGCAUCCUCGCGAGCGCCCCGACGAACGCACGCUCCUUCCUCGUAUCCGACGUGUACGGCCGCGGCGUGCACACCCCCGAGGGCGACGCCUUCGUCCAGACGAUCUUCUCCGGGCUCGGGGACCUACACGCCGGGACGAACUCGACCGGCACCGGGAGUGAAGGCCCGAAGCUGAACGUCGCGUUCGCCGAGUUCGCGCGGAUCUGGGACGGGGUGCUCGACGGCCCGCCGGGGUACGCGGCGUUCGGGUACGUGAGCACGGGUGCGUGCAUCAUCAGCUCGACGGUGGGCGAGUGCGACGAUCCGGACCACUACUUCUACUACAUCUCUGGGCAUCCGUCGAAGGAGGGACACAGGAUCAUGGCGGAUUAUGUGCAGCAAGUGUUCGCGCGGUGUGUGGAGACGUGA